AUGCCUUUCUUGUACAAUACAAAUAAUCCUGUGAUGGGGUUAUCAUCUCUUCAAGACUCACAGAAAGGUCUAGGCUGUUUUCCAAUGAGAUGCUGGGAUACUGUCCAUUUCCUAGUGUUUUCAGCCAUCCUAAAACUGAAAGCAAAUGAAGAAUCCCAAGGGGACGACCUUCUUUGGCAGCUGAAGAUGAAUCAGUGUGUCCAGCAUGAACAGUCUUGUCCUAUUUCCUUGUCGUUUUCCACCUUAGAUCGAAUAGAGAUGGUGACAUCUGGGUUGCUGGACUCUAUUAAGUGGCUUCCCAAGUCUCCUAAACUGCACAGUGGCCAUAACUGGAGCUCCCAGGGCUCUCGCUGGGCCUCACUGAAAGGGAGGGAAGGUUUUCCUGGUGGUAGCCUGUACAAAUUCAGCUCUGCCAAUGGGAAAUGGAGAGAAGGGAGGAUCAGUCCCGAGCAAGAAGCAGAGGAACUUGAGGAUCCUGAUGAUGAACCUAUCUCCAAGUUUUCCGGCAGCCUUUUUGAUAGCAACGAAAGCGUGCGAGAUCAAAGAAACAGCAGAGCAACGCUCCAAGAAAAGCACAAGUUGGCCAUGAAGGGGAAGGCUCUUGCAGGGUCUAACAGCAGGAUGCAGCCACCCGUGUCAGCAGCAGGCAGCUUCCCCAGCCAGGGCGGCCGUGCCACCGAGGAGCUGCGCGCACUGGAUGUGCCGCAAACCCCGCUCAAGGUAACCAUUACUGUGUGCAGUCAAAUGGGGAGCCUUGGUAUUAGCAUUGCUGGUGGAAAGGGCUCAUCUUCAUGUAAAGAAAGUGAUGAGGGGAUCCUGAUUGCACGGCUGCCAAAAGAUGCUCCACCAGACUUGACUGGUGUACAAGCAGGAGACAGAGUGGCUGAGGCAACCUUUGUUUCAGAGCCUGCUGCCCUUCAUGCUGAUCCUGCUGAAGCUUCCCCCAAGGGCAGCCCCUCCCCGACAGUCAACCAUGUCAUAACAAUACCUCGGAUAAUCCUCACACGCCCGUCCACUUCUGAUGAAGAUGCCGACCAGCUGCCCCCAGACCCGGAGGACUUUGAGCCUGAGGAGCCUGACAGCACAGAAGGCCAUGCCUAUUCAGACUGUCUGAGCAGUGCUUUCUAUCCUCCCUAAUAAAGUACUUUUCUGGCAGGAAUUCAUGGGUGGUUUUCUUUCCCAUUGUUUGAUGACAUUUAAUGUAGUACUUGAACCGCUAUGCCUUAUUUAUAGUGAAAACCAUGACAUGGAGGAUGGAUUUGUGAGGAGACCCUGCUUGUAUUUCUUUGCCUUGAACUUCCUUCAGCAAGAACUUGUGAACCAGGAAUGCACUGGGUCAAGUUUUGUGAAUGUCACCACAUGUUUCAGUAGCCACUUGUAAAGGUACCCUGCAGCACCUAAAUGUAAUGAGAAAAAUGCAGGUGAUUUUUCUUCAGAAGGUACUUUACUCAUUUGGAAACACACUGAAAGCAAUUAUAUAGUUGGGUGGGAUUUUUAAAAUCUUGUGUCCGUGAUUUGU